CCCAAAAAGCGAAUACGAUAACCUUUUCUUUUAUGUAACAUCAAAGGGGGAUUGUGUAUCGUUUUUUUUUCUUCUCUAUUAUUUUCUUAUGAACUUUGAUCCUUAUCCAGUCAACUCUUAUGUCUCUAUUCGUCACAAUUUUGAACGACAAAGUUCUGGACAAGAACUUGAUUUAUUUGGCAUCAAUGUUAUCCGAAGUUCUUUUGAAUCACAAACAAAGUUCAUUAGGAUAGUCUGUCUUAUAUCAUUCAGUCAGCUUUUAUGCACUACCUGUUUGACACUUAUGUUUCUACAUUUUGGAUAUUGGUAUGAAACUAGUAAAUGCAUGAUACUGAUCAUGUUAAUUCCAGCCACAUUGUUGCUCAUUAUUCUGGCAUGGCAAUUAUGGACACAACAUCAUCAAAUUUCAGUCACAAGCCGUGCUAUUUUACUGUUUAUAUACUCAUUCCUCAUGGUAUUUGUUCUUGCGAAUUUUGUGGCUAGUUUCUUUCAGGAACAUGGUGUGAUGGUACUUACACUGUCAUGCUUUGGCGUAUUAAGCAAUAUUGUCUAUACAUGUCAAUCAAAAUUUCAUUUUCAAGGCCCAAAACCAAUUGUUUGUAGCAUCGCCACAGUUUGUGUUAUCUCGGUUGGGUUACGCAGGAUGUAUCAAUUAGACCCUGUGCAAAUUCUUGGCCCUGUCACCUUCUCAAGUCUUGUUUCGGUCUAUCUGAUUUUGGAGCUCUACUAUGCAAUGAAAACCAUGACAGGCAGUGAUUAUAUUCUUGCCAACUUGUCUCUUUACACUGAUUUGGCUUACCCAAUCCAUGGACUACAUCAUGUAUGUGAACUCUGGGAUGAUAUUGACAACUUUCCUGAAUACUUUAAUCCCGACAUCAAUUAAAAUCUAAAAAUAUAUUCGAAUGCUGUUUUUGGCAUAUUCCUCAUUUUAACAAGAUAUCAUCAAAAUGGAACAUGAAGAAUUGUUCAUUUGGCAUAGCCCAACAGUUAAAGUGGUCAAAUAAUAUACCAUAAUUAAGCAUAAAUUAACGAUAA